UAUAAAACAUCCAAGAAUGAUAAUAUAACAACAUGGAAAAUCAAAAAUUAUAGAUACCUUGGAGACGUAUCACGCGGCUGCACGCGUGGAUGUAGUGUGGAGAUGUCGCAUUGUUUCCCAAUGUAACAUCAUAAAUUACCUCACCUACCUUUCUCACCGCUCUCUCUCCUCUUCCCGACUCACGCGUAUGGCAAUGACCACCCGAACGAAAACUGGACGAUCCAAGAAGGCGACAACCACCGCAGCGACUGUAGACCUCCACUGAAGUGCAUCGGCUAUGACGGGCAAGGAGGUCGUGCCACCAUUGGUGGACGUGCCAAUGCAGGAUCAUCCUAACGCCAGGCGGAGGAACUACGGACACUACCAUGAGGAUGCAGGACCAACCCACUUCUGCAAGGUGAUCUUUGCUCCGGAGCUGGAGGCUCUGCCUUUGCCUGUGGACUUCACGAAGCACUUCCCCGCUGUGAGUACAGAGUUCAGUCACGAACACUGGCUGCUCAUGGAGGGUCAUGAUGAAGGUGAUCUAUGACGGGGUCACCCUUGAUCAGGGUUGGGCCACCUCCGUCGCUGUUCACCAGGUUAUGAUCGGGUACAUGUGGCUUUCAAGUUUCUCACCUGAACACCAUGAAGGUGAUUGUCUUCAACAACGCCGGCAUGAAGGUGGUCGCCAAAUGCAAGAAGCACGACGACACCUUCGUGAUGAGCAUGCAAAAAUGAUAUCUAGUUAUGUGAGGUUGUAGGCUUAAAACCAUAUUAUGUGUUGCAGUUUCAUUUCGAACCUAUCGUACUAUAUUAAACGUAUUAUACUAUGUGUUGAGGUUUUUGA